AUGUUGUCUUUUAUUCUCAUCCAGAACCGACAGGGCAAAACCCGCCUUGCCAAGUGGUACGUCCCUUAUAGCGACGAGGAAAAGAUCAAGCUCAAAGGAGAGGUCCACCGCCUCGUCGCGCCGCGCGACCAAAAGUACCAGUCCAACUUCGUCGAGUUCCGCAACCACAAGGUGGUGUACCGGCGGUACGCGGGGCUCUUCUUUUGCGCGUGUGUCGACACCAACGACAACGAGCUCGCCUUCCUCGAGGCCAUCCACUUCUUCGUCGAGGUGCUCGACGCCUUCUUCGGCAACGUGUGCGAGCUCGACCUCGUCUUCAACUUCUACAAGGUCUAUGCGAUUCUCGAUGAGGUGUUCCUGGCCGGGGAGAUUGAGGAGACGAGCAAGCAGGUCGUGUUGACGAGGUUGGAGCAUUUGGAUAAGUUGGAGUGA